AUGUUCACGGCACAGAAUCGGACGUCAGUGAAUCACAAUUAUUUUCUCAGUGUACAAACGCAUAUUACGGCCAAACACCGACAGCAGGCUGUUGAGUGGCUUCUUGAUGUAUGCAGAGAGGAACAUUGUGAACCGGAUGUUUUCCCGUUAUCGGUGUCUUAUAUUGAUCGUUUCUUGGCACUUCAAAACAUCUUCCGUGAUAAUCUUCAAACGUUGGCCAGUGCGUGUCUGUUCAUCGCCAGUAAAGUGAAGGCCGCUCAACCGUUACAAGCCAAACGAAUCGCCUACUAUACAGACGGUGGUGUACCUUCGCGAGCAAUUCUAGUGAGUUCCACCAAAGUUUUCGUAUCAUUUUUCAAAUUCCACAGCUUAAUCAAUUCACACUUCUUCCGGUUUUCCAUUGUAAAAUUUGUCUUUUUUUCACGAAACGAAAUUUUUUCCAGUUUUCUAAAUUUGUGUUUUUGCCGUCGUCUGUUCGUUCACUAA